CCUUCAGCCCGUCCUUCUGCAGCCGGCGUCUCAUCAACCCGCUCCAGUUCAACCGCCUCCGACAGAAGCGCAUCAUGGGGAACUUUGUGGCCAACGAGGGACUCUCCAUCUUCGUUAUUGUGGUGUGGCUGGGCAUCAACGCAUACCUGUUCGUCCAGUUCUAUCUAAACUUUCUUGUGGAGAAGUGGUUUUACACCAGAGUCCUGCUGGGGCAAGCUCUGCCCUGGGCCCGAGCUCCCGCCGCCUGCCUCAACUUCAACUGCAUGCUCAUCCUGCUGCCGGUCUGCAGAAACCUGCUGUCCUUCCUCCGCGGCUCCAUCCAAUACUGCAGCCGGACAGCAGCUCGACAACUCGACCGAAACAUCACAUUUCACAAACUGGUGGCUUACAUGAUCGCCUUCCACACAGCCGUGCACAUUGUGGCACACCUGUUCAACUUUGAGUACUUCAUGGACGCCCAGCUGAAUCGGAACGGCAGCCUCCUGACUUUCGCCCUGUCUGAAAUCGGCAACGAGGAAAACUCCUCCUUCCUGAAUCCCAUCAGGAGCAAUGAGACAAACCCCACCAUUGUCAUGUUCACCACCAUCGCCGGGCUGACGGGCGUCGCCAUCACGCUGGCCCUCAUCCUCAUCAUCACCUCGUCCAUGGAGGUCAUCCGCAGGUCGUACUUCGAGGUGUUCUGGUACACGCACCAUCUCUUCGUCAUCUUCUUCAUCGGCCUGGUUUUCCACGGCUACGGACGUAUAGUGCGAGGACAGACGGACGGCAGUCUCAAGUCAAAUGAUCCAUCAGUCUGUGCAGAAAGGUUUGAAGAUUGGGGAACAAACGGGUCCCACUGUGCUGUUCCGGUGUUUGCUGGGAACCCGCCCGGGACAUGGAAGUGGGUCUUGGCGCCAAUGAUCCUGUACGUGUGUGAGAGGCUGGUUCGCCUCUACCGCUCCCAUCAGAAAGUGGUCAUCACCAAGGUGGUGAUGCACCCCUCCAAGACCCUGGAGCUGCAGAUGAAGAAGAAAGGCUUCCGCAUGGAGGUGGGCCAGUACGUCUUCAUCCAGUGUCCGUCCGUCUCCCGGCUGGAGUGGCACCCCUUCACCCUGACCUCCGCCCCCGAGGAGGACUACUUCAGCGCCCACAUCCGCAUCGUGGGGGACUGGACCCAGGCGCUGUACGAGGCCUGUGGAGGAGACAAAAAUGAAACGCAGGAGGCCUGGAAACUGCCCAAGGUCGCCAUCGACGGCCCGUUUGGUACCGCCAGUGAGGACGUGUUCCGAUACGAGGUGGUCAUGCUGGUGGGCGCAGGAAUCGGAGUGACUCCCUUCGCCUCCAUCCUCAAGUCUGUGUGGUACAAACACAUCCAGAACAACCAGGAGGUCUUCACCAAGAAGAUCUACUUCUACUGGCUGUGUCCGGAGACGCAGGCCUUCGAGUGGUUCGCGGACCUGCUGCAGUCUCUGGAGAGGCAGAUGGCGGAGAAAGGCAUGACUGACUUCCUCAGCUACAACAUCUACCUCACACGUUGGAAGGAAGCUGAGGCAGCGCACUUCCGUGUCCACCACGAGGCGGAGAACGACCCCAUCACCGGCCUCAAACAGAAGACUCUUUAUGGAAAACCCAACUGGGACAACGAGUUCACCAACAUUGCAUCCAAGCACCCGGGAACCAAAGUCGGCGUGUUCCUGUGCGGCCCGCCUCAGCUGGGGAAGUCUCUGGAGAAACAGUGUCUGUCCCAUUCGGAGGCCGACGUCAAGUUCAUCUUUAACAAGGAAAACUUUUAGAAAGGAAGCUGGAAUCUGAGGAGAAGAUGAGAGGAAACCUUCCAAGUAUCAGUGGAGGCCUGGCGCUCUGCUGAGGCCGCCUGGCUUUACAGUUCUUCGACAGUUGACCUUCGUUGACUCGUGGGCCGAGCGGCAACUCAAAGCAACUCGAGCUUCUCCUUUGUUGUUUCGCAUGCAGUUGUUGCUUAAAAAGCAAGGAAAUAACCCAGCAGUGUUUUCCACAUUUAGUUUCUUCUUCUUUUGUGUUGCAUCCAUAAGCCCAACUGCUACUUUCAAAACCUUUCUUCCCUUUUUUUUUUCCUCUGAAAAUUUUGCAAACAAAGACCGGCUGAGGGCGAGGAAGUGUCGGUGUGAUGAGAGCCGCCGCAGUUUUGACUGCUACAAUGUAUUUAUGCUGUUGAGUUUUAGAGACCACGGUUAAAAACCUUAAACUCAUUUCAAUCUGGAGUCACACAAAAGGUGAAAAAGGGAACUCUCUGUGACAUGUCCACACAACUAAUCAGUGUAUCUCUCUGUAUGUAACACAUUUAAAUCAACCUGAUUGGAAGAGUUUAUCCAGCUUAUCACCAUGAGAAGGACGCUGCAGAAGGAGCUCUUUUUUACUGCUUUACUGACAUUCUUCCACUGAAAAAACUCAUUCAGUCUUGAUGCUGUUGGUAUUUCAUGAGAACAGAAAUACUCGUUACAUUGUGGUUCUUCUCCAGCAGUGUUUUGUAAAGUGUUUUUUUGGCUGCUUGUUUUUGAUAAAAUAUAAAAACUUCAACGAACCAGAAUUUUAAAAAAAAAAAUAAUAACAAUAAUAAUUCUGUUGGCUUUUGCUUGAUCACAGUGACUGUAAAGCAACGACAGAAGUUGUUUUAGGAUGUUUUCGAUACAACGGAAUAUCAUCAGACCAUCUCAAGCCUGAGGGCCUGAGCAGAGUUUGCAUGUGCUUCCUGUGCAUGUAUGCGUUUUCUGCAGGUGCUCAGGAUUUCUCCAACAGCCCUGUGAAGUUGCUAACAGGUGUACAUGUGAAGGUGUGUGACCGUCCGUUUCUGUGAGUUUGUGAUGGACUGCUGACAUGUCCACUGUGUACCUUCUCCUCUCUAACAGUCAGCAGGAGUUCGCACCACGAGCUACAUCAAAGAUGGAUUAAAAAAAAAACAAUGAAACAAAGAAACAAGAAAAAGUUUCACCUUGUUCAUGAAUCUCUUUUGGUUUAAUAUCC